GACGCGACGAGUGCCGAGAGGGGUUGCGGCGCACGAGGCAGAGGGUUGCGCGCGUGGGUUGUACGGUCGUCUCGUUCCUGGUCCUUCCCUUCCCCGCGUAACACACACACACGCACACGCACACAAUCCGCACACGUAUAACACACGCGCUCACGCGUAUACGCAACUAUCCGCACUUUUCCGACUUCGCCGCCUCCCUUAUGUUUAUACCGAUACGCAGUCGGAAGCCGAACAGGAACACGAUGACUACGGCACCGCCGGCGGGGAUGGACGCAGAGCCGCGGAAGAGACAGUUCGCCGGGCAUCGGCCGUGCACGAAUCGGUCGGCCCACCACGUGGAUCGCGGUUUCGCGCUCUCGUCGCUGGCACCGUUCGCGCUCGUCCUCGUCCUCGCGCUCGCAGGUACCAGCGACGCCUCCUACGAGACACAGGGACCCAGCUUCGUGACGGAGCCGCCGUCCAGGGUGGAGUUCACCAACGCGAACGGCGGCCGGGUGGACUGCACGGUGCGGGGUAACCCGCUGCCGACCGUCGACUGGCUCGCGGCGGACGGCGGCAGUAUAACGAACAUCCUCGGUAUCAGGCACGUCCUCGGCAACGGGACGAUACACUUCCCCGCGUUCGAGGCCGAGGCCUUCCGGCAGGACGUCCACUGGGCCAUUUACAAGUGCUCCGCCGUCAACAGUGUCGGCGCGGUCGUUAGCAGAGACGUCACCGUCAGAGCAGUGGUAAACCAACGUUACGAUCCGGAAGUGCAAAAUCCCAGCGGGUUCCCCGGCAACAACGUGCUCAUGCGCUGCAUCGUGCCCAGUUUUGUUCGCGACCACGUCACGGUCACGUCUUGGCUUCAAGAACCGGUCUUCAAUAUUUACCCCUCCACAAUGGGCGAUGGCAAAUAUCAUAUGCUGCCGACCGGCGAGUUGAUGAUAAUCAAUAUUACGCGAAGCGACGCGCAGAUGACGUAUCGGUGCAGGACGCAUCACCGGUUAACUCAGGACACCGUCGUCAGCAGCAAUGUAGGGCGGCUGCAACUGACUGAAAUUCGAGGCUCCAUGCCGCCUAUAAUAAAUGAGAAGCUGGUGUACAUGUCGGCUCGCCUGAAAGACACCGUCGUGAUCCCCUGUGUGGCCUACGCCAACCCCACCCCGACUAACAGAUGGUACUACAACAGGAAUCAGAGGGAGGAACCGAUCGAGGAGUCGUCGGGCCAUUACGUGGUGCGUGACGGCUCCUUGAUCAUCCAGAGCGUCGCGGAGAACGACGCCGGCUCCUACAUGUGCACCGCCAGCAAUUCCGAAGGCAGCGAAACUUUGGAGAUCAGAUUAACGGUGUCUGCACCGUUGAGCGUUCACGUACAGCCAACGAUACAGACGGUCGAUCUGGGGAAAUCCGCCUAUCUGACGUGCACCGCAAGUGGAUUUCCGCAAGCGGCACUCUAUUGGCUGAAGGACGGUCAGCCAUUGAGAACGGGCGCCCGAGUAAGGACGGUCUCCAGCGAGCGCAUUUCCGUGACGUCGGUCGCGAGGGAGGACCGCGGCAUGUACCAGUGCUUCGUGCGGAACGAGUACGAAAUGGCUCAAGGAAUUGCGGAAUUGCGCUUAGGGGAGAUCGCGCCGCAGCUGGUCUACAGAUUCAUCGAACAGACAAUGCAGCCCGGUCCAUCGGUUUCUCUGAAAUGCAGCGCCGCGGGUAAUCCCACGCCGCAAAUUUCCUGGCUGCUAGAUGGAUUUCCGCUUCCACAAAACGACAGACUCCUGAUUGGCCAAUACGUGACCGUGUACGGGGACGUAAUAUCCCACGUUAAUAUCACGACGGUGAAGCCCGAAGACGGUGGCGAGUACGAGUGCAUCGCCAGCAGCCGUGCCGGCGAGGCGAGGCACUCGGCGAGGCUCAAUAUCUACGGACUGCCAUACGUCAGACCGAUGUCGCCCGUUUCAGCGGUCGCGGGGAAGCAACUAUAUAUCAAGUGUCCUGUAGCCGGUUAUCCCAUCGAAUCGAUAGUGUGGGAGAAAGGGGACGUAAAACUGCCUACCAACAUGAGACAACGAGUCGCCAACGGCACGCUGUUCAUCGAUACCGUGCAACGCAGCGCCGACGAAGGCACGUAUACAUGCACUGCCAGAAACAAACAUAAUUUCACGUCGCAUCGCUCGGUCGAAGUACGUGUUCUAGUGCCACCUAAAAUCACGCCUUUCAGUUUUGCUCGCGAUUUAAACGUAGGGGACCGUACUAGCGUACAGUGCGUAGUCGUGACCGGCGACCUACCACUGACAUUCACGUGGCUCAAAGAUAACGUCCCGAUUGAGACGGUCAGGACGACGUUGCCGUCGUCGCAGGAUGCGCCGUCGGGCAGCCGCGGUCGGUCGCCGGCCGGUCCUGGGAUCCGGGACACGAUGAUUAACGGGGGCCCCAAGCUAAGGGGCCCCGCCACCAUGACCGCCUCCGGCCCCGGGCAUGACGAAGCGUCCUCCUCGUCCUCCCAGAGAAAGAGCAUUACCAUCGGGAUACACGACGCUUUUACCAGCGCCCUGAGCAUUAGCACGAUCGCACCCGCGCACAAUGGCACGUACACCUGUCGCGUGACCAAUGGCGCUGCAACCGUCGCUCAUUCUGCACUCCUUCACGUCAACGUUCCGCCGCGGAUCUCGCCAUUUUUUUUCGGAGACGGUGUGAUGGAGGGACAGCGGACACAGCUUAUGUGUACGACGAGCCAGGGUGACCAGCCGUUCAACAUCACGUGGUUGAUGGACGAGAAACCGAUUCAGGUCAGACCGAGCGACGGUGGUACAUCGGUGUCGUCGGUCCAGACCGUCGCCGCCGCCGCCGCUGCCGCCGCCGCUACCGUCGAGACCAGCAACGGCAUACAGAUAAGCGACUAUCCGCCGUUUUCCAGCAUCCUGACGAUAAAUAGCGUCAGCGCUAGCCACAGCGGCAACUACACGUGCCAGAUCAGCAACGUCGCUGGCCUGGCCGAGCACUCGACCAGCCUCUCAGUCGCUGGUUGGUGUCCUGAGAAAAACUGAUGUAUAGUCGUAAGAAAACUGUGUACAUAAAGCGUCCACAAAUAAGAAACCUUCCUUCUUCGCUAUCUCCCAAUCCUUCUCUCUAUUUUUCUGUUUGUUUAUCCCUCAAUCUAUCUACGUAUCUAUCUCUCUCUCUCUCUCUCUCU